AGGCACACAGGCCCAGGUCUGUAGGCCACAGCAGCUGCAGUCCUGAAAGGCUGCAACGUCCCGACCUCCAGGAGAGACCAGGCCCAGGAUGCCUCGCCUGUUUUUUUUCCACCUGCUAGGAGUCUGUUUACUACUGAACCAAUUUUCCAGAGCGGUCGCGGAUUCAUGGAUGGACGAAGUUAUUAAAUUAUGCGGCCGCGAAUUAGUUCGCGCGCAGAUUGCCAUUUGCGGCAUGAGCUCCUUGGGCAAAAGGUCUCUGAGCCAGGAAGAUGCUCCUCAGACACCUAGACCAGUGGCAGGUGAUUUUAUUCAAACAGUCUCGCUGGGAAUCUCACCGGACGGAGGGAAAGCGCUGAGAACAGGAAGCUGCUUCACCCGAGAGUUCCUUGGUGCCCUUUCCAAAUUGUGCCAUCCUUCAUCAACAAAGAUACAGAAACCAUAAAUAUGAUGUCAGAAUUUGUUGCUAAUUUGCCACAGGAGCUGAAGUUAACCCUGUCUGAGAUGCAGCCAGCAUUACCACAGCUACAACAAUAUGUACCUGUAUUAAAAGAUUCCAGUCUUCUCUUUGAAGAAUUUAAGAAACUUAUUCGCAAUAGACAAAGUGAAGCCGCAGACAGCACUCCUUCAGAAUUAAAAUACUUAGGCUUGGAUACUCAUUCUCGAAAAAAGAGACAACUCUACAGUGCAUUGGCUAAUAAAUGUUGCCAUGUUGGUUGUACCAAAAGAUCUCUUGCUAGAUUUUGCUGAGAUGAAGCUAAUUGUGCACAUCUCGUAUAAUAUUCACACAUAUUCUUGAUGACAUUUCACUGAUGCUUCUAUCAGGUCCCAUCAAUUCUUAGAAUAUCUAAGAAUCUUUGUUAGAUGUUAGGUCCCAUCAAUUCUUAGAAUAUCUAAACAUCUUUGUUGAUGUUUAGAUUUUUUUAUUUGAUGUGUAAGAAAAUGUUCUUUGUGUGAGUAAAUGACACUUUUUUUUGCUGAAAAGCCUUUUUGUCUUUUUAUUAACAGCAUGAUUAUGUUGUGUUAUUCUUUUUAAUGCUGUUAACUUAAAAUUACAAUAAAACCUCUACCGCUUUAACCAUACGUAGUAACAAUACAGUUGUUACAAUACCUAACACCAUAUAGUAGUAACAAUACCUAACACCAGUUACAUGAAAUGGACCAAAAUGUUUUAUUGAUAUUAACUCUUAGAUUGGAUAUAGAUAAAGCCAUAAAACUUGAACUUUCCUAAUAGAUUACAAAAGGUUUUUGUGUCAUAUUGAAAUACUCAUUGCAAACAAUCGGAUUGGACACUAAACCAAUGUAAUUUAGUUAAGACCAUAUAAGCUCAAACGCUUUUUUUUUCCUUUUUAAUUUCCUUUUUUUCUAGUAUAGUCUGAAGGGAACUCAAGUACUUUUCAAGCUAGGGUUCUGUUCUCAGUUCCAGUGUCUAAGAAACUUAAAAGUAAAUUAUUUUUUAAGGAGAAAAAGGAAUAGACGUAAUAUAGAACAGAACAAACAAGUCCAUAUCAUAUAUUACAGAAGAAAUAGUAUAAUGAAGGAACAUAAUUUAUGUUCAUUUCUUUAGAAUUUACAAACUAUUUCUGUAAGCAAAAUUACUGAAAUAGUAUGAACACUUGUUAGAAAAGUAAACUGACAUAGUUAUCAACUUAGUAUUUUACUGGUUCUGUCUUUUUUUUUUCUUUUUUAAAAAUUAUACUUUAAGUUCUUGGUUCCAUGUGCAGAAUGUGCAGGUUUGUUACAUAGAUAUACAUGUUCCAUGGUGGUUUGCUUCACCCAUCAACCCAUCACCUACAGUAGGUAUUUCUCCAAUGCUAUCCCUCCCCUAGCCCCCCACCCCCAAACAGGCCACGGUGUGUGAUAUUCCCCUCCCUGUGUCCAUGUGUUCUCAUUGUUCAACUCCCAUUUAUGAGUGAGAACAUGUGGUGUUUGGUUUUCUGAUCUUGUGAUAGUUUGCUGAGAAUGAUGGUUUCCAGCUUCAUCCAUGACCCUGCAAAGGACAUAAACUCAUCCUUUUUUAUGGCUGCAUAGUAUUCCAUGGUGUAUAUGUGCCACAUUUUCUUAAUCCAGUCUACCGUUGAUGGACAUUUGGGUUGGUUCCAAGUCUUUGCUAUUGUGAAUAGUGAUGCAAUAAACACAUGUGCAAAUGUC